CCCCCCCUCCGGAGCUGUCAGUGACAGAUCAGCUGAUCCCCGGCUCCUCCCCCCUCCAGCACUGAGUAUGCGCGGCCGUCCGUCACCAGGGAGUGAGCAGACGGAGGCCGCCGGAGACAGGUGUUAAAGCAUUGGCGCGAAGUCCCUGAAUGAGAAACGGAAUUGCCAACCUACCGCAGCCAUGGCGUAUAGUACCAUCCGGGACCCAGCGCAGCUGGCACAGACAGUCUCCUCCAACAUCCUGCGGAUAACACAGGGCUCCGCCGAGAUCCAGAGGAUAGUGAACCAGCUGGGAACCGUCCAGGACACUUCCGAACUACAGAACCAACUACAGCAGAAAAUACAAUAUGUGAACAAGCUUGCCAAAGACACGGACAAAUGUCUCAAGGAGUUCUCAUCUCUCCCUUUCGACAGCGAUCAGAGACAGAGAAAGCUCCAGAAGGACAGACUCCUGAAUGAGUUUAGCUCCGCAUUGACCAACUUUCAGAAGAUUCAGAGAUUAGCCGCAGAAAAGGAGAAAGACUUUGUGGCUCGGGUCCGUGCCGGCUCCAGAGUAUCGGGUGGUGGCGCAGAUGAUGGACUUAAGGAUGGCUCAUUGGUCAACUGGGAAAAUGAGAGCCAGUCACAGGCGACAAUGCAAGAGGAUCUCAUCACGGAAGAUGAUCUGCGGCUCAUAGAGGAACGGGAAAGCGCCAUACAGCAACUUGAGGAGGAUAUCAGAGGGGUCAAUGAAAUCUUCAAAGACUUGGGUAUGAUGGUCCACGAGCAAGGAGAAAUGAUUGACAGCAUAGAGGCCAACGUAGAAACUGCUGACGUGCAUGUCCAUCAAGCCAACCAGCAGCUGGCCCGGGCAGUAGAGUACCAGCGCAAGUCCCGGAAGAAGAUCUGUAUUAUCAUACUCGUGCUCGUAAUACUGAUCGCAAUUCUUGCAGUGAUUAUCUGGGCGGCCACUAAAAAUUAGGAAAAGCCUGGAAGAUAUAAGAUCUCGCAAGUUCUUUAUGUCUUUAUUUUCGGAACCGUAACUAAUCACUGGAGAAAUGGCGCACACGUUCAAGAUGAAGAAUACAAUGUGUCUGUAUAAUAGUUGUCUGCUGGUGCAUGGUGGAUUUGAUAGAACUGUAUUUUCCCUUGCACAGUAUAUUGUAGGGCUGGGUGGUUCGGCAUAUCAUUUAAUAGCCGUUUUGUUCAAAUAUCAUUUUGUGAAGACUCGUGAAAUUCAUAGAAGCCCCGAUCUUACAGGUGGGAUAUAUUGGGGACCAAGGGGAGGAAUUGAGGGAUGGACAGCGGUGCCUGGAGGAGACCGGGGAGCGGAACACAUAUCUGGUGACAGAGAGGGAGAGGUUAGACAUAAAAGAAAUUACAAUAACUUGCUGGGAACGUGCAUUGUGGUUGGAAUAAUCUUUAUUCUGUGCUGUCAGUCUAGGCUCAUUGGCUUAAAGGGGUACUCCGCCCCUAGACGUCUUAUCCCUAUCCAAAGGAUAGGGGAUAAGAUGUCUGAUCGCGGGGGGGGUCCCAGCUGCACCCGGCGUUCGUUUAGAGCGUCGGGUGCAGCGCCGGAGGCUCGUGAUGUCCCGUCCAUGCCCCGCUCGUGACGUCACGGUCACGCCCUCUCAAUGCAAGUCUAUGGGAGGGGGCGUCACGCCCCCUCCCGUAGACUUGCAUUGAGGGGGUGUGACCGUGACUUCAUGAGCCUCCGCCUCGCAUUGCCAGUCAUCCAGCAGAGAGCGACGUUCACUCCGUGCACCGGAUGUCUGGGGUGCGGGACCCCCGCGAUCAGACAUCUUUUUCCCUAUCCUUUGGAUAGGAUUUAAGAUAACUACCCCUUUAAGUCUGACCCAAUCUACAUGUAAAGUUUAAGCUGCUGCUAUAACUCACACUCCAGAGCUGAUCAGCUGACCCAUAGUGACAUCGUGACCCGACCUGAACCUCGCUGCCACCAUGACAAUACAGGCUUCUGCACAGAACUAUUUUCUGCCACUUAAAGGGGUUCUCCGGUGGAAAACUUUUUUUUUCCCCUUAAUUAACUGGUGCCAAAAAGUUAAACAGAUUUGUAAAUUACUUCUAUU